UGAAUAGGGAAGUUUGCAGAGCGCAGUUGUUCCAUCCAGUCCGGUGCAGUGUUUGCAAAUACCUUGAGCACAGGCAGGAGAGAGAGAGCAGCGAGAAGGAAAGGGGGGGAACUGACGGACGCACGGACGGACGGACGGACGGACGGACUCUCUGCCCGCUGAGCGCUUUGGUUUGCAUCGCAGAGGAUCGCUCCUUCCGCUGGCUGAUUUUUUUUUUUCUACCUGAGAGAGAGAGAGAGAGAGAGAGGAGAGGAAAAAAAUAUUAAAGUGCAGCUACGUAGUUUUUUCCAAAACAAAUAAACAGAAAACAAGCUCGGGAUAAAAAAGAACAGAAAAAUGGAUGUUCUACCCAUGUGCAGCAUCUUUCAAGAACUUCAAAUAGUUCACGACACGGGCUAUUUCUCAGCCUUACCGUCACUGGAGGAGUACUGGCAGCAGACAUGCUUGGAGUUGGAGCGCUACCUACAGAGCGAGCCUUACGUCUCCACAUCCGACCUCAAGUUCGACGGCCAGGAGGACCUCUGGAGCAAGCUGAUCUUGGCCUGCGGGGACAAGGCCAAGGCCGAGUGCGACCCAAAGCUCCCCGCGGCCCACGAGGAGGACAAUCAGGACAGCCAAAUCUUGGACACCAACAGUGUGAAUUCAGACGCCAGCAGCGAGGCUUCAGACAGUUCUGAGGAGCUCUCGCCCACGCACAGCUUUACCUCCAACCCUCUGGGCUCUGUCUUGGUUGGCUCUGGACCUUUUAGCCCCUCCGUCAUUAGCACUCCGCCGUCCUCUCCGGAGGCCAACUCGGAGGCCGGCGGCGUGACGAACGGCUGGGUGGCCGCGCACGCCGAGUUGCACUUGCCGGUAAAAAUCAGGAGCGGCGGUGUGGCAAAGAGUUCGGAAAAGUCGGGACUCAUCUGCGGGGACUCGUCUCCGGACGGCAAGAGGCGAGUACACAGGUGUCAAUUCAACGGGUGUCGCAAGGUUUACACAAAGAGCUCCCACCUAAAAGCACACCAACGCACUCACACAGGUGAGAAACCGUACAGGUGUUCGUGGGAGGGCUGCGAGUGGCGUUUUGCACGAAGCGACGAGUUGACCAGACACUUCAGGAAGCACACUGGGGCAAAGCCAUUUAAAUGCAGUCACUGUGACAGAUGUUUCUCCAGGUCUGACCAUCUGGCUCUUCACAUGAAGAGGCACAUCUAAAGCAGGGCAAGCACCAACCAAGCAACGCAGCGAAGGGGAAACGUUUUUUUGUUUUGUUUUUUUUUUUGUUUUUUUUUGUUUUUUGGGAAAGAGGAGAGAGAGGAAAGACGAAGAAGAUGAAAAAAAAAAAAAAGAGAGAAACAAACGCCGUCUCCCGACCAGUCUCUUGGUUGAACUGUCCCAGAGCAGAGUGGCGGGAGUGUGUUCCAGCCAAAGCAUGCCGUUUUGCACCAUACUGAAACCCAGUGCCUCCGGGACCUCUCUUUGGAGAAAGGCGCUCUGAAGGUUGUCUGUUGCAACAAGAGGACAAAAUCAUGGAUGGGGAAGAACUGUUUUUUUUUGUUUUUUUUGAUUGAGAAGGACUUACAACACACACAAAAAGACAAAAAAAAAAAACAACAACAACAACAACAUAAAGGGUGAAUGAUUUGUAUGUAUGGUGCAUGAUGUUUUGGGGACAUCUCCCGGACAGCAGAUACACUGGUACUUUACAAAACUGUCUGAGGUAAGCAUGUGUGCACUGUGAAUGUCUGAGAUUUGGCUGACUGGCCCCCUGGGAAGAGACCAAGACGAGAGGAUUUUUGGGGUUUUUUUUGGAGAAGAGAUGGAUUGGAUGGAUGGUGCGGGGCCGGCCGGUGCCAAUGUUGCUGUGGACUGAGUGGGUUUCUGGGGGAAACAUUCCACUUGUGUUUCCCUGGUGGCAGUGUGAGGAUGGGGCAGGGAGGAGGUUCUGCCUGCCUGCCUGCCUGCCUGCCUGCCUGCCUGUCUGUCUGUCUGUCUGUCUGUCUGGCACCCAGACUCGGGGGGGGCUGCUUCUCUGAAGCUUUUAAGGCCUUGGGUUUGACCAGAGAUGGAGGUGUUGACCUUCUGGUGUGCGACCCAGAGACCAAACUCCCCCCCCUGGUCACUGUAUGACAGGAGCUUUUUUUGGUGUUUUUGGUGCAGCUACUAAAUGUGCAAUGUGUUAUGUAGCCUGGUUUAUUAUUUUUUUACAAGCUACAAAGCUCAUUUGUAGUCCAAUUGUAUAAGCUGUGUGCUUAGAGGUAUAACACAACUAUACUAUAACUUCAGUAUCAUAGACAGGUGUUGCAUGGUUCUAGGGUUUGUUCAUUUCCUGUUUCCACUGUAAUCAGGACUGCAAAUAGUUUCAAUAAAAGUGCAGCUAAAAUGCGAACGGUUAAAUGUUACAAUAUUGUACAUAAAGCCUUGAUGAUUUCCUCUUUUUACUUUUACAACUACAUCCAUCUCCUUCAUCCUGGUUUGUCAUCUGGCUGGAGAUAUUCACCACUGCUUACUACUUUUCUCAUUCAUUCUAUGCCUUGAGGACUAAUUCUUGAUUUGUUUUUGUACUUUCUUUCUAUCUAAUAAUGCACUGUUGACCUUAAUGGUGCCUUAUGCAAGUGACUCAGCCCUGCGGGAGCGAUGCUUUUUUUGCUCCCUCAGGAUGUCACAUUUGUUGUCUGGGUGAUUUGACAAGCUUGAUCAAGGCUCAAUUACAAAUUAACUCGCACCUCCUUUGUGGGUAAUUUUUUUUUUUUGGCUCUUAAUUGUGUCGUUAAAAUGUAAGUGUUCACAAAAGUCUCAGUCGAUUCCCUUAUUUUUUUUUUUUUUUUAAUGUUUUCGAGUCAGAGCACCAGUUUAGUUGAUGUAUAUCACAUUUGAAUUAACAUGUAUAUAAGACAAAUGCUGUAUGUUUCAAGCACUUAAAUUCAUUUAUUAAAGACGUUAACUACUGUGUAGUAUGUACUCCAUCACACACAGCGCUAAGGUACAAAACGACCAGACUAGUUUAACAAAAACUGCUCCUUCCUCCCCCACCACCAUCCUCUGUGCCCCCCCGCCUCCACCUCCCUCACUGUCCCUCCAUCCUUGCAAGUGGGACUGAAGAAAAAGCUAAAGAUUUAUUGUAAUUAACAGGCUGCAGUCGGACAGGCCUCGCCUUGUACUGCCUCUCAGUAAUGAAUUGCUAAAGGCUUUGUUGGCAUGGAAUCUGUCACAGACUGCUGACUGUGUAGGUUGGUUAUUGACCUGUCUGGGGAGCGUUGUUUUAGCCAAGCUGCAACAGUAUUAUGAAAACCACAGGAGCGAGCGAGGGGGCGGGGAGGGGGCUCUCAGGAGGAGAUACAGAUCGAGCAUUGACGGUGCACACAUGGCAAUAUGGCUUCAAAAAAAAAAGCAUCUCCUGUUAUUGGAGGUGGGAGAUGGAUGCACAACAAAAGGCGGAGCCUCACAUAUAAUGCUGGGGAUUCUACUGAUUACAGCUUCAGUGAUCUGUGCCACCCACUCCAGAUCAGCGACCUCGCUUGUAGGAAUUCGAUGUUGCAGCAAGUUGCGCCGUGGCAUGCUACGACAUAUGGAUUUCAGAUUAGCGGGCGCAGGAGACAGGAUGAGUACAAACUUGAAACUGCUUGCUGCAAUAGAUUUGGGAGUGCUGGCAAGGCCGUUUGUGGGCAAAGAGCAGGAACAUCCAUUCUGUGGAAACAGCAGCCGAUACACGCCGAGUGAUAAUUGAGCCUUGAUUUAGCCUCAUGUUUUUGCUCGCAUCUUUUACACUCUUCCAUCAUCUUCUUUCAUCCCGUCACUACCACAAACUGUUCUGUCACACACACUCAAACACACACACACAGCUCUUUGUUCUCAACUGAAUCUUUGUAUAAAAAGAAAAAAAAAACAACUUUUGUAAAAUUGUUAUGUUUAUGCUUUAUGAAAUUUUUAUUUGAAAUUGUUUUGCAAAAUUGUUAUAUUUCUGUAUGAAUGUAUUUUUUAUUGGAAUAAUAAGAAUUCUUAUCUGACUUUG